AUGGCGGAGAGCCGGGGAGAGCUGGAGGUGUACAACGUGUGGUUUGUGGCGGCGGACCUCGACCGCGACGGCGUGCUCAGCGGCCACGAGGCGGUGCAGUUCUUCCAGCGCUCGGGCCUGCCCCAGAACCCCACCCUCUUCAAGGUCUGGCAGUAUGUGGCGGGCGACCGCCCCGCGCUGUCCCGCCAGGAGUUUUACACUGCCAUGAAGCUUGUGUCGCUGGCGCAGCUCAACGGCGGCGUGCUGGAUGACCAGCAGGCGCUGCGCCUGGUCAACGGCUUGGCGGGGCCCGUGCCGCUGCCGCGCAUGGCGGGCAUGACGGUGCCGCGCGGCAUCGAGCUGCCCGCCAACCUGCUGCCGCCGGAGCCGGCGGCGGCGUCAGCGCCGGGCCAGGCGGCGGCCUCGCCGGCGGCGCCGCCCGCGCGCGGCGGCGCGCCGCUGGCCUCGCCGCCGCCCCCGGCCGCCGCCUUCCCGCCGCUGGCGGCCGAGCAGGCGGCUGCCUUCCAGACCGCCUUCAGCCAGCUGGACACAGACAGAGACGGCUUUGUGCAGGGCACGGACUGCUUCGGCGCCUUCAUGCAGAGCGGUCUCCCCAAGGCGGCGCUGAAGCAGAUUUGGGACCUGGUGGCUGGCAACGAGCCGCGCCUCAACCGCCACCAGUUUGUGCAGGCCCUGUACCUGAUUGACUGCGUGAAGCGGGGCAUGGCGGUGCCGGGGGCGCUGCCUCCGGGGCCCUUCCCUCCCGUCGCCGGCGCCGCCAACAUCGCCACACUGUCUGCGGGCGCACCAAGCGACAUCUAUUCUGCCACCCUGGUCAUCCCGCCCAUGCCCCCCCGCCAGGCCUACCACCCGCAGCCGCCGCCCCCCAUGCCCUUUGCCUCCCAGGUGCCGGGCCUGCCUGCCGACCGUGUGGCCGCACUGGACCAGGCGGAGCGCAUGCGGCUGGAGGCGGAGCGGGAGGCGACUCUGGUGGCUGAAGCUGAGCAGCGCAAGGCUGAGGAGGAGAGGGCUGCGGCGGCCGCCAAGCGCGAGUUCUUCACCCGCGCUCUGGGCGACCUGCGCCUCACGCAGUCCAAGGUCAACCGGGCGGUGGCGCAGGAGGAGAAGGCGGGCCUGGCGCAGAAGCUGGAGUCGCUGAGGGCCAUGGCGGCGCAGCUGGAGGAGUUUGACCCGGAGUGGGAGAGCCGGGAGAAGGGGGAGUGCGAGGCGCUGAACCUGGAGAUUGCCGAGCUGACGGUGACGAACGAGCAGCUGCAGCGGCGGGCGGCCGCCACCGAGCGCACGCGUGGCGCCAUGCUGGCGCAGGUUGCGGCGCUCAAGGAGGCGGCGGCGGGUGUGGAUGCUGAGCUGGCGACGCUGACGGAUGAGGUGGACAAGGUGGCGGCAGAGGGCGGCAAGGACAAGGCGGCUGUGGUGGAUCUGCUGAAGCGGCCUUUGUGCCUGCGCCCCUGCUCUGGCGCUGCAGGCUUCAAGAUUGUCAGCGCGCUGCCCGUGGACACGCGGCUGACCACGUACGCCGCCCCCUCUGCCGCCGCUCUGGAGAAGGACGAGGAGGUGGGGGCGGCGCCCGUGGCGCCCGCGGCCGAGGGCUCCACGCCCGCGGCGGCGGCGGCGGCGGCGGCGGGCGGCGCGGGCGACCCGCCGGCCGCGGCCGCACCGCUGGAGGGCGCGGCCUCCGUCGCGGAGGCGGAGGCGGUGAGCGCGGCGGCAGAGGCUGGCGUGCUGGCAUCGGCGAUCGCAGAGGCGCUGUCCGCAGCGCCCGCCGCCAAGCCCGCCAGCAAGCAGGGCUCGCUGGUGGCGGGUGGCAGCGGCGCGGCGGCUGCGGCCGCGGCCGCGGCUGCGGCAGAGGAGGAGCAGGCGGAGGCUGGGGCGGAGGCAGAUGCGGCUGCGCCCGAUGCCGCCAGCAACUCGUUCGAGGCCGGGGUUGAGAGCGGCGACACGGCGGCAGGCGGCGUGGCGGCGCCGGCGCCUGCGGCCGAAGCGGUGGAUGUGUUUGCUGCCUUUGAUGCCGUGACGGCGCCCGCGCCCGUCAAGCAGGCCAGCGGCGCGUUUGGGAGCGCCCAGGCGCUGGCGGCAGAGAGCCCCAAAGCGGGCGACGCCGAGGUGGCGGCGGAGGGCGGCGAGGCGGCGGCGGCCUCGCCUGCUGCUGCGGCCGAUGACGUACCGCCCGCUAGUGGCAGCUGGACUGCCUUCUGA